AUGCUGGAGGGUCAUGCCACACAGAACCGGCAAGAAAGCUGUGACAGAUACUGUCGGCAAGUCAUUUGCAAUCUGAGCGAUCAAGGAACUGAGAUGAAGCUUGCAGAUCUUCACAAAGUGAACAUGGACAGCCUUUCCAAGGAUGUCCAGACUGACCUGUCCUACCCAAACUUGACCGGUGGCAUGGGUGGAGCUGCAUCACAGUCCAAUGCAAUGGCACAUAACUUGAUGCAGUUUGUACCAAUGCCUCUGGAUGAUGACACCACAACUUCUAUCAUGAGACCAUUGGCAGCGGCCGGUGCUGAAGCUGAAGUCGGAGUACUGGGAGGGAACAUUGCAGCCGGGAGAGAAGUUCCACAAGACAGCCAUUCCACCGUCUCCGAUCCACAAUACUUGUUUCCAAAUUCCUUUAAGGUAACUGGAAUAAAGCACGUUUGCGACAAUUUGGUGGGUGCAAUUUUGGACAGCCUGCCACAGUGGAAACCUCUACAACCGCGACUCCAGGCGCUUGACAAACUGCUUGCCACUGUGACGUGGCGAGAACGCUAUGUGGCAACUUGUUUAGGGCAAGAUCCUGACCGGCUCCUUGUAGAGAACUGGGCCGGCGAUCGGUUGAGAAGCCUCCGGUGGCAAGUGGUGACUAACUUCUGCAAAGAUGUUGCCCGACAAGAAUCACAAGACAACAUGAACGUGGUCAACAUGUGCAAUUGCUGUUCAUGCGCUUGA